AUGGUCCAGGUACAGAAACUGACCGCAGAGACUCUGCUCGGUGCCCCUCGCCGUGGCGUCGCCGUCCCAAACCACAACGGCACCCUUGCCCUGUACACCCUUUCCACGCACAACUUUGACGACGGCAAGACGCGCAAAGAGGUCCGCGUGGCAGACCUCACCAGCGACGGCGUACCCUCGCGCCAGCUUAGCGACGACGACAAGGUCCACGACGCUGUCUGGAUCCCGGGCACCAACAACGUUGUCUACCUCAAGUCGGGAGACAAGGGCGCCACCAAGGCCUUCGUCGCCAAUGCGGGGUAUGUCGACGCUGAACACUACGUCGUCGGCGAGUUCGACGCACCCAUUGCAAACCUCAAGCUGAAGCGGCUCGACGAUGGUGGCGUCGUGUUUGUGGUGACAGGUCUCGUCGGCCCCAAUGGAGAGCUGUACAAUGAGGAAGCUGUCGAGAAACGGUCCACGGCGCGUGUCUUUGACACGGCCCAAAUUCGCGUCUGGAAUUCACUGUACAAGGAACAAAGAUACUCGCUAUGGUACAACAAGCUGCAGCUCGACGACGGCCGCUGGAGCCUUGCGGGCUCGCUGCUUAACCUGCUGGCUGACGAGCCCGAUCUCGAGGCCCCAGCGGGCAUGUAUGAUGUUGCAGAGCCGCUGAGCAACUUUGACAUCUCCCACCGGGGCGUCGCUUUCUUCGCCCGCGACUUGACCCGCCGGCGGCCCGAUGAGGGCAUCGUCACACUGCCCUUCUUUGUGCCGGUCGACUCUUUCACGUUGCCACCCGUGUCGAAGCCAAAGCCCAUCGUAAUGCCCCCCGACGUGCGGCCCUGCAUUGGCGGCAACAUGCGCUUCUCGCCCGAUGGGGCGAGCAACGUCAUGUUCAUCUAUUCGCAGCCCGGCGACCUCUACGCCAACCGACUCUACCUGGCAUCGACGGGCUCGCUCGCCGCAUUCGACGUCUUCGCGCUCGUCACGCGCACCUCCGGCGCCAGCAGCGAGCACGGCGGCGGCGGUGACAGCGACGAGGAUCAUGACCCGCCGGGUGCCUUCGAGUUUGCCGGCAGUGCGGACGCCCUCGUCCUGGAGAGCCAGAAGUGCGGCCGCACCGUGCUCUCGACGUUGAAGCUGCAGGAUGGGGAGCGUCCGCGCUUCGUAUUCCGCGAGGGCUCCGUGGCGGGAUUCCAUCCACUGCGCGAGGGCUGCUGGGACAAGCUCCUCGUGUCGAGCAGCAACUUUGUCGACAGCAGCACCUGGCAGGUGGUUGACAUCUCGGCGUCGUUCAGUCGUGAUGGCUCCAGCGAGGCUGCGGCGGAGAGCGGCGCCGUGCACGUUCUAUCGUCCGCGACCAAGAACGGCGCCAAAUUUGGCAUCUCGCGCGACAUGGUCUCCGAGUUUUGGUACGAGGGCGCACAGGGUGUGUGCUUGCACUCGUUUAUGCUGCGACCGGCCGACUUUGACGAGACGAAGAAAUACCCCUGGGUUUUGAUGCCGCAUGGCGGCCCCGUGUCUGCGUGGUCAGACGCCUGGAACACACGAUGGAACAUGGCUGCUUGGGCUGAGCAGGGCUAUGUUAUCGUGUGUCCCAACAUUACUGGCAGCACGGGCUACGGACUUGAACUGGCUAGGGGCAUCAAUGGACAAUGGGGAGGCAGAGCAUUCGAGGACCUUGUGAACCUCAUUGCCCAUCUCGAGAAGUUGCCGUACCUCGACCAGGACAAGGCGGUGCUCGCGGGUGCCAGUUACGGCGGGUACAUGGUAAGCUGGUUCUUCGGGCAGGAGAUCAUCAACAAGUUCUGCUGCGCAGUGUGGCAUGACGGCAUCCACAACCUGCCAUCCUUCUUCCUCCAAAACGACGUCAUCUUUGACGACGGCUCCUUCGACGGGCCCAUUUACUACUGGCAGGACCCGGCGGCGUUUGAGCGCUUCAAUCCUGGGCGGGCGGAGCUCCUGCGCAACUGGGGCCGCGCGCCGCCGACCAUCAUCAUCCACAGCGACAAGGACUACCGCUGCCCCGUGACGGAGGGCCUGGCGGCCAUGAACACGCUGCAGGCGCACGGCGUGCCGACGCGCUUCCUGACCUUUUCGGACGAGUGCCACUGGGUGCUGAACGCGGAGAAUAGCAGGGUCUGGCACAACGAGGUGUGGGGUUGGGUGAGGAGGUGCGUGGACGGGGAGGUGAAGCGCGGUGACACGACGUGGUGA